AUGCCCGUGGAACAUAUUCGGAGGCGGAUGAUGGAGGAUACCAGCCUCUACCCAGAAUUUGGAGGACCGCGAAAGGCGAGAGAGCCCGUCCAGAGCAUCUCGAUAGCAUCUACGAGCUCAAGCAGCUCCUCAGUGGCAGCUCCAGUUCGCAACCACGUGCCAAAGCCAGGCGCGGUCAUCAUUUCUUCUGACGAAGAGGACCAGUUGGAUGAUGAUGAUGUUGUUGAGAUUAUUAACGAGUCCAACAAGCCGUCGAAACCGAACACAGCUGUUCACCCUGUCGCCACGAAUAUGGUUCAACAGCAGGAAAAUAGACCGACUCUUCCGCCCAAGUUCCCAGUACCAGUACACUAUGCACCCGGGGCCGCAAUACCUGCACUCCCCAUGCCCAAGAACGUCGGAAUUCCGAUUGCCAUCCCUACAUACAAAGACAUUCCCCGAUUUCCUCAGCCUUCAGUCCCGCAGAAAGACAGCGGAGAAGAUGGCGAAGAGGUACAUAUGCCAGAACUCCGCGAAGAAUACGGCAUGAUGUCGUCGUCGGACGCUGAAAAGGCUUUACGGGAUCUCAUGGGCGGUGCUAUGAACGAUGACGUUGAGACCGAGGUUGAUAUGGACGAGGCUAUCGUUGAAGGCUUCCAAGACGGUAUUGCGCUCUUGCCACAUCAAAUUCUGGGACGCACGUGGAUGCGAGAUCGUGAGGAUCUCACGAGAAAGCGCACUGGAGGGAUUCUCGCUGAUGACAUGGGGCUUGGAAAAACCAUUCAGACUUUGACUAGAAUCGUUGAAGGCCGGCCUCACAAGUCAGACAAGGAGGAUGGCUGGAGUGCAACCACUCUUGUUGUUUGCCCUCUGGCCCUUGUUGGCCAAUGGGCUGACGAGAUUCAGAAGAUGACAAAACUCUCUGUUCUGAAACAUCAUGGAGCUAAUCGGACCACUGAUCCCUCUGUGCUUAGAAAAUACAGGGUCGUUGUAACAACGUACGACACUGUCAAGUCCGAGUAUGAGUCCCAUAGCCCCUCAGCGAAGGAUGAAUCGGCCGCCAAGAAAAAGACGGCGAAGAAGGCAGCUGUGGACUCUAGCGACCAUUCCGAGCACGAAACAUUUGGUCGAACCAUCAAAAAACCUGCCAAAAAGACAGCUGUCAAGAAAUGUGCUCUUUAUGGUGUGCAAUGGUGGCGCGUUGUUCUAGAUGAGGCCCACAACAUCAAGAACGUGAAAACAAAGGGCGCUAUCGCGUGCUGCGAACUACCGAGCAAGUUCAGAUGGUGUCUUACCGGAACCCCGAUGCAAAACAAUGUUACCGAGUUAUACUCUCUGCUCAAGUUUCUCCGUAUCAAGCCUUUGUCUAAUUGGGAUACGUUCAAUACCCAAAUUGCAAAGCCGGUUACUAGCGGACGGGGCGCUGGCCGUGCGAUGAAACGAUUGCAGGUUGUCUUGAAACAAGUUAUGUUGAGGCGGAAAAAGGAUGAUUCCCUCAACGGACAAAAACUCAUCGAGCUACCCCAGCGUCUCGUCAACAUUGUUUCGUGUCCUUUCAAUGCCUCAGAGAAAGCCUUCUACGAUGGCCUCGAAAACAAGAUGGAGCAUGUCAUUGAAAAAAUCAUGAACACUAAGGGUGGUAACAGCUAUAUCUCCGUCUUGCUACUCUUGCUUCGACUCCGCCAAGCGUGCAACCAUCCACUCCUUGUCGCUAAGGAUUAUAAGAAUGACAUUGAGGCAGUUGAACCGACGUCAAACAAAGGAAAGGAUGACAAGGACACCGACCCCGACGAUCUCGCGGCCGCUUUCGGCCAACUCGGUGUGACUCGCAAAUGCCAGAUGUGUACCACGGUCCUUGAUGAUAGCAAUACUGGAGAGGAGGAGUGGAAAACUCAUUGCGUGGACUGCGUACCUUUAGCCAUUCAAGCGAAAGAAGCUGAGGAGGAGCGGCCCUCGUCAGCCAAGACUCGCAUGAUAUUGAAGCUCCUCAAUGACAUUGAUGAGCGUUCAGACUGUGAGGAGAAAACUAUCAUUUUCUCCCAAUUUACCAGUAUGCUUGAUCUCAUUGAGCCCUUCUUGUCCGAGGAGGGCGUCAAAUACGUUCGCUAUGAUGGUAGUAUGUCGGCGAAGGAGCGUGAGGUCUCACUUGCGAAAAUCAAAAGCAGCAAGUCGACCCGUGUUAUCCUGAUCUCGUUCAAAGCCGGAAGUACUGGUCUCAAUCUGACUGCAUGCAACAACGUCAUCUUGGUCGACCUCUGGUGGAAUCCUGCACUAGAGGAUCAAGCUUUCGAUCGUGCUCAUCGGUUUGGUCAAACACGCGAUGUCAAUAUUUUCAAACUCAAGAUUGAUAAUACCGUUGAAGAUCGUAUUCUUGCUCUUCAAGACAAGAAGCGCCAGCUGGCUCAGGCUGCAUUGAGUGGUGACAAGAUCAAGAACAUGCGUCUUGGAAUGGACGACCUUCUUGCCCUUUUCCGGCCUGGAGGAAGAGACGAUGACGAGGAGGAUUCCGACUGA